AUGCCACCAAUCCGGACUCCAAAGACGACUCCAUCAAAAGCCGGCGGCUCCCUCGCGGCGUUCGGCUUCGUGCCCGUCGCCAAGGAGGAAGCGCUGACCCGCGCCGCCAACCACAUCCCCACUGCGCCGGUCGUGCCCGUGAAGGUCGUGCCUGUGAAGGUAUCGAAGGGCUUGAACACGAAUAAGAUCGUCUUUUCAUCAUUCGUCCUGACACCCGAACACAUCGACGCCCUCAUCACGUACUCAACCACCUGCAAAACCCUCAAGCACUUCGAGUUCCUCUACACCGACGUCUCCUACGACGCCAAAAACGACGCGAAAGCCCUGACCGACGCCUGCAUCCUCAAGCUCGCGCGGGCCUACCCGACGCUCCAGACCGUCAAGCUCCCGGGGACCUCGGACCUGACGGACGCCGCCGUGCUCGCCCUCUGCGAGCACUGCCCCGACCUCGCGACGCUCGAGAUCACCAAGGCCGUGGCGGGCAGCAACGCGAUCGGCGUCGGCGCGUUCGAGGGCAUGCUGCUGAACGGGGACUGGGCGCCCGGGCUGAAGAACAUCACCGUCUGCGACGUGACGUGGGGGACGACCAAGUUCAUGGCCAAGAUGCGCGAGAUGUCGAGGUCGAGGCCGCAGCUUGUCGUCCACCUGGCCAGCAUCAGCGAGGAGAAGAAAUGGGGAGAUUGGGAUAUUGAGGAGGGGGAGGAGGCGGAGGCGGCGGAGGCUGGAGGGGAGGCGGCGGUGGUGGUUGGAGGGGAGGAUGGAGAGGAAGAGGGAGAGGAGGAUGGAGACGGGCAUUCCAUCGCCCAUAUUAGCACGAUGUAUCUUGUUUUCACUUCAGAGUUUCCAGCGGCUAUUAUUAUACGGUUCAAGUUUACUAACACAAGAAGAUGA